AUGGGAACAGGCUCAACGAGCCAACUGGGAACGUCUUCAGAUGCUCCAACAACAGCAGCUACAACAACAAUUCCUCAUGCCACAACAACCGUGGUGGCCACGUCAUCAACCACAGCAACAGCAGAAGCUUCGUUGAAACGCCCGCGUAUCCCAGCAGUUCUAUUUCUACCCACAACAAGUGCCACCUCAGCAACAACAGCAACAACAAUUCUUCUUCCCACAGCAACAACCGUUCCAGAAUCAGCAGCAACAAUGGCCGGUUCCUCACAGCAACAACCACAAGUUCUAACCGACCACAUGACCGCAUCACCGGUCGAGAUUCUCUCCAUGCAACACAACCGCACUGUACACCUGCACAGUAACAUCGCAGGUAUUAGCACACAAGGAUUCACAGGGAGAUGCAAGAAGAAAUCGCAGUUCAUGGAAUUCAACGGCCCCUCCAAACCCAUCUGGACCGCCAUCACGCCUACACCCGAGAGCCCCGGAAACUACGAUCAUGAUGCGAUCUUCCAAGAGAAUAUGAAAAAGAUCAAUGAAAUGUCGACAACCACAGCUGCUCCGGUGACAACCGUCAAGGUCGCAGAAAUCAAGCCGGUGAAGGCCGAAAAUCCCGUCGCGAUAUUCUUUCGGUUCCUUCUUCGACGAGCUGAGGAAGAGGGAGAAAACGCGGCAGUCACCACAGAGAACGUGUUCAAGCUAUUCGAGGACAAACCGACAUCUACUGAGGCACCGAAGAUUGAGAAAGAGCCAGUAAAGGACGUGGUUGACAACGCUGCACAGAUUGACGUACCAACUGAGAAUGUCCCCAAGCCAGCUGAGGAACAGAAAGACGUACCAACUGAGAAUGUCCCCAAGCCAGCUGAGGAACAGAAGCCUGAGCCAGAGAAUAUUUUCAAGGCAGUAGAGGAGCAGAAGCCUGAGGAAGCCACAGCUGAUGUCAGAACAGAUGAGGACAUGGAGCAGAUCACUCGCCGUGCGUGUCUUGAGGGGGUCAUAGCUCUUACAGAAUAUUUCGAACAAGAAGCACAGAAGAUGCGUGGCCCUCAUCCGAAGACCGCUGUUGUAGACAGCGAAGUGCGCAAGGAGGAUCCUAAGACGGAGCAGCCACCAGCUGUCGACGUACCCGAACCACACUUCCAAGAAUUCCAGCAAGACCCGAGACUCGUUGUUGACUAA